GAUAAUAAUUUUUCUACUGUCACUUUUUGUGCUAUUAUUUUUAUCUGUAAGAUGAGUGCUGAAGAAGUAAAUGAAGUUAAAGAUAUACAAAAUAAUACAAAUGGCGAAGAAAUGCCGAGCGAAGAGAAAAGAGAACCAGAAGAUCAUGAAAUAUUAGAAUCUGAUACUCAACCAGAACAAAUUCAGACUCUUCCUGUUAUUGAAGAAACAAAAGAAGGAUCAGAUUCUGAUGAUGAACCACCGCAAACACAGCCAAUAUCUGACGAUGAAGAAGAAAAAGAAGCAGUAGCGUCUGAUAUUGAACCGGAAGAGCGGCUGUCAAAAGCCAGUGAUGAGCUAGUGGGAGAGGAAGAGUAUUCUAAGUUUAUUACUGAAGACGACGAUGUUUUACCGGAAGGCGACUUUUUUGCUGUAGAAAGUCCAGCAUUAAUUACCAUAACAGAAGGCGAAGAACGGGAAGAAUUUGUCUUAGGAAAAAUAUUUGGGCUAACGGAGCCUCAGAAAAAUAAAGCUGAAGAAGGUCCGAUCGAUGUCGAAGAAAAAAUUACUGUCGAAGAAGCUGAAGGUGAAGGUGAAAAAAAACCUCAAAUGGAAGAAAAAUUAGAGGCAAAGAAAGAAGAAAAAGAAAAAAAAGAAAAUAAACGCAAAUCGACAAAAGUAGAUUUAAGAGGAUUGACUUAUUUACGUAAAAGAAAUUCCCAAACUAGUAUUUUGUCUGCGGUAUCCAUAUACAAGCAUGGACUCCUUGAAUACACCAAGACACCUGUACAGGAUGUUGAUGAUACGUUUUCUAGAUUUAGUGUGGAUGUACGAGAUUUUAACAUUAGACUUGGUGGUUCAAUUGCUACAAUGCUUGAUGAGUAUGAGGAUCUGUGGUCUUCCGAAGAAAGUCUGGAUGAAGAAAUAGAAGAGGAACUGGAACUAGAAGAUACUUCUAUACUGCGACCGUUUUUAUAUGAAAAGCAUGCUGAAAUGUUACGACAGAUCACCAAUAACAGAAUCAUCAAUACUUUACUCCAAAGAAGAGUUGCCAUGUACUACCGCAAAAAACAUAUGGAUUAUGCUCUUCAAGAAACUGAUCAACACGUUGAUAACGUCUAUAGCUACAAUAAACGUUUAGAUGAGUACUCUGACGUAUUAGAGAACAAAAGUAAUAAGACAAAUUUAAUAAACUCACAAAUUGAAGCACUGAAGAACACUAAAGAAAAAAUGAAAGAACAGCUCCAGAUAGGGUUUACAAAUCUACAAAAUAGGGAACGUGAUAUAGGUACAGGAUUAAUAUAUUCAAAAACAGGAACCGAAAUUUCUGACAAGCUGAUUAAUCAACAAUUAAACAGACAAAAAAUUGGUCUAAUGGAAGUUUCAGCUAUGCGGUUAAAAUCUCUGCAAAUAAAAUCUAUGGUUAAGGAAAAAGAAUCGGCCAUACAAGUUUUGGAUAGAGUGGAUGCAGACCAUCAUUUAAAUUAUUACGAAAAACUAAAAGAAGAAAACAAAAUGUUUUCAGACAAAAUUGAAGAAAAAGACGUCGAGCUAACUACGCUGAGAAUACGGUGUAAUGAAAAUAUUCAAAUCUUGGCCCAUCUUCGUGAAAAAAUUGCAGCUUUGGACAGCGAUAUUGAAUACUUGAAAGAAACAGACCAAAAAAAUGUUGAAUUUUUGACUGACAUGCGAAGGUCCCUUAACAACACCAAAAAAGAAAGAGAUCUAUAUCGCUCUCUCUUAGUCAAGAUGCAAGAGGAUUCUGGUCUUUUGAAAGAAAGAGAACUGUUAAAAGACAUGGAAAACUCAAUAGAGGAAGCACAAAAAUUGAGAAACACAUUACAGAGCUUGAAAAAUGCAUGUGGUUCCAACAUUAAAAAAAUUAGAUGCAUUCGUAAGCGUAUUGAAGAGCGUAUGGAUAGACCUAAACACAGUGUUAGCUAUCCUCCAUCGAAAAAGAGUUAUAUGUCUACGAAAAUAACCCAAGACAAAACCAACCCACAAGUUUUUGUACCCAUUUUACCAAAGAAAGCAAUGGAUCAUCUAGCACAAGAUUUUCAACCAACAGUAAGACGAAUUAUUGUUAAUAGAUGACGAGGUCAAUAUUUUGUUUAUAUUUAUGUAUAAUAAAAAGUAUAUUUUUAA